AUGAAGAGUGGUAAUGGUGCAAGUGCCGAGGGUGGUGGUGGUGCGUAUGGGGGUGGUGGUGGCCGGGUGCGGGCGCGCGGCAGGCGGUGUCGCGGGCGUGGGGCGUGCGGCCGUCGGCGCCGCCUCCGCCGCACCCAGCGCGGCGCGGCGCGGCGCGGAGGAGGCGAGCGCUCCGGCGCCGCGCUCCACGCCAGUUCGCGUCUAGCGCUGCCACCGCAAGCACGCGUGCGCCACCGCGCAUCACCACUCGCGUCCCGCGCCUCGUGCGGGAGCUCGCCACGCACCGGCCCUGCUCAUUCUGCCUGCUUCGAUUGGAGUGGCGGUUCGCAUCUUACCGGGCAGCAUUAG